AACAAUCACUUUUCAAAAGUAGCAGAAUUGUGACCGUGAUUUCCUUACUCUUUGGAACUUCUUGUCAAAGUCGAUCGCAUAUUCAUAAUUACAUUAACCACUAAGAGAACGCCUACCAUUACAAUAUUUAACCAUGGCUUCAUAUCUCGGCCUAGAGAAGAACAUAUCCUACCACACCAUCCCCGCAGCAGUCGUCCUAGCCUUGCUGCCGAGAGUGUACUCCGGUCUCACGGGCCCAGGCAAGAAAGUCUUCGACGGGAAUAACCCGCGCCUCUUCCCACAGGCGUUAGAGAAGUCCGAUCUCGACAAGAAAUUAAAAGGCCGUCUUCAACGCGCCGAAGCCGCAUCUUCAAACGGCUUCGAAACCCUCGGCUUCUAUGCGGCUGCCGUGACGGCAGGUAACGCGGGGGGUGUCUCUGCUGCGACCUUAAAUAACCUGACCCUGGGGUAUCUGGCCAGCCGCGUGUUCUAUACCUGGAUCUAUAUUUGGGGUCAGGAAAACCGCAAGUGGAUCGUGGCGCGACCCAAUGUGUGGGGUGUGGGAAUGGCGCUGUCAAUUACGAUGUUUGUGUUGGCUGGGAUGAAGGGGAAUUAGGCGGAGUAUUGAAUUGGGAGUUGUUAGGUACCUAUGUG